AUGAUUGAUAAUCCAUUUGAAUUCGAAAGGGAUCCCAAGAAGUUUACGAAUUCUUUGGAACACAAUAGAAAUGAAGUCGAUGAAGAGAAUGAUUAAUAAUAGUAGACAAGAUUAACUUAACUUUAUAUGGGUAAAUCUGCAGGUAGAUAUGGAUUGUUGAGAAAAUUAGAAGAGUAGAAUUAAGCUGAGAAAUUAGCAGUGGAUAGACAUCUUGUAUUCUCUUAGGAUUUGAAAUCUAAAAGUUACAAUUUGAAACCAGAUCCAAUUUCAUGUCAUUUGAAACAAUUUAAUCCAAGGAUGCUUGAAAAAAAUUACUAAGAUUCCCUAUAGAAAGGUUAUAAAAUAAGGAGCAUAUUGAACGAAAAAAAAGAAACUCUUUAGGAUUUUGUUGAAAAGAAAAGAGAAAUUUGCUUAACAAAUCUAAAUAUUAUAACAAAAAAGGAAGAAACCAACAGACUUGAGGAUUUCAUUAAAAAUGAGCAGGAAUCUCUGCAAGCGAGAAAACUAUAUUUUAAAAAUGAUUGCGAAUUAGUCAAAAGGUUUAUGAGUGAAGUUAAAUCUUAAGCUGAUCAAGCUGCAAUUUUAGCUGAUAAAGAAAUGAGGAGGAAGGAGGAAGUCAAGGUUGAAGUUGCCAGGAUAUUAGCCUAAAUUGAUAGAUUGAAAUUAUAGAAAAGCAAGCUCUAAGAUGAAUACGAUAAAUUAGAUAAAUACAGAUAAUUCUUAGAAAAAAUCAAAUAACACUAUAAAACCAAAUUCUCAGAGAUAGAGAGAGAUAUCGCCAUGCCCUAAUCUCUAUCUAAUUAUAAAAAGACAUUGUUCUUAACUGGAGUUAACGUUGUAGAAUCUGAAUCAAGAUCAAAGGAAUAAUUGGAGUAAUUGCAAUUUGAAUAUAAGCAAAAUAAAAUGGCAGAUAUUGUGAUAGAGAUUUUGGAUGCGAUUGAGGAAGGGAAUCUAAGAAAUAUGCAGAAUCAAAGAGAUGCAGAGGAAGAAAUGGAAUAAAGAAGGAGGGAGGUUGAACAAUCGAGGGAGAUCUUUCUAAUUCAUCAAAAGGAAAAUGAAUAACGGUUAAAAUUAUUGGAGAAACAAUAUGUUAUGCAUGAAUAGUAUCAACAGGAAUUAAAAAAACAAGAAAAAGUUGAUUAAAACAAAUUAGAAUUUGCAGAGGGUGAAACCCUGGACAUGGAUCAAAUAGGAAAACGAAUAAUAGAAAUUUACUCGGAUGUCUCUAAAAAAGAGUAAGACCCUUUAAUCAAAAAACUAGGCACUGAUUCAAAGUUACUAAAAUCUACUUUAUAUUCACUCGAAAAAAUAGUUUUAGAACUAUCAGAGUACAAAUUACAAUUUCUCAUGAAAUCUAAGUAAGAUUAUCUGGAUGCAGAGAAGAAAAUUAAUCAAAAAAAGAAAGAAUAAAGAUAAACGAAUUAGAAAGAUGAAGAGAAGAAGAAGUAAAUAAUUGAGAGAAGAAGAAAGAAGGAAGAACAAAUGGCUAACUUUUAUAGAGGAAGAAAGGAUAUGCGAAGAAAUUAUCCAGCAGAAAAAGUAGUUGUGGAAUAGGUUGUAGAAGACAAUGAUGAAAACGAUGAUGAAAAAUAUUUGUAAGAGAAUUAUGAACUCGUCUAUGUACCCUCUUAAAAAACUGAUAAUAUUUCAUCAUCAUAAUAAGUAUAAUAAUAAUAAUGA